AUGGCCAGCGGAAAGCAAGCCCUCCUCCUCGGCGCCGGAUUCGUCUGCGAGCCCACCGUGCAGGCCCUCUCCGCCGCCGGCGUGCACGUCACCGUCGCCUGCCGCACGCUCUCUGCCGCGCAGGCCCUCGCCUCCAAGCAUCCCAACACGACGGCCGUCGCCCUCGACGCCUCGUCCCCGGAAGCGCUCAGCCGCGCCAUCGCCGCGCACGACAUCAUCAUCUCCCUCCUCCCCUACACACUGCACCCGCUCGUCGUGGAAGCCGCCAUCACGCACCGCAAGCCCGUCGUGACAACGAGCUACAUCUCGCCGGCGCUGCACGCGCUGCACGCGCGCGCGCAGGACGCCGACAUCACCAUCCUCAACGAAAUCGGGCUCGACCCGGGCAUCGACCACCUGUACGCGGUCAAGACGAUCGACGAAGUGCACCGCGCGGGCGGCCACAUCAGCUCCUUCACCUCGUACUGCGGCGCGCUCCCCGCGCCCGACGCCGCCGACAACCCGCUCGGCUACAAGUUCUCGUGGUCGCCGCGCGGCGGGCUCCUCGCCCUCCGCAACCCGGGCAAGUGGUACCAGGACGGCGUGGUGGCCAGCGUCGCCGGCGAAGACCUCAUGGCGGCCGCGCAGCCGCACCGCAUCGACGACCUCGCCCUCGUCGGCUACCCGAACCGCGACUCCGUCGGCUUCCGCGACUUCUACCGCAUCCCCGAGGCGCGCACCGUGUUCCGCGGCACGCUGCGCUACCCGGGCUUUCCCGCGAUCAUCCGCGCGCUCGCGGCCAUCGGGUACUUCUCGCAGGAGGCGCGGGCGGCGCUGGCCCCGGGGGCCGUCCCCGGGGAGGUGAGCUGGGCGGCGCUGACGGCGGAGAUGCUCGGGGUCUCCUCGGCGGGGCUGGUGGCCGCGGUGGAGGAGAAGGUGGCGGCGGUCGUCGCGGGCGAGGAGGAGAGACGGCGGGUGGUGGACGGGCUGCGGUGGAUCGGGCUGUUUGAGGAGGAGACGCCGGUGCAGGGCCGGGCCACACCGCUGGAUACGCUGUGCGGGGUGCUGGAGCGCAAGAUGGCGUAUGCGCCGGGCGAGCGCGACAUGAUUGUCCUGCAGCAUGUGUUUGACAUCGAGCAUGCCGAUGGCUCGCGCGAGAAGCGGUCGAGCACGCUGGUCGAGUACGGCGAGCCGCUGGCGCCGGGCUCGCGCAGUGCCAUGGCGAAGCUGGUGGGCUUGCCGUGUGCCGUGGGUGUGCUGGCCGUGCUGGAGGGACGCAUCACCGAGAAGGGGAUGGUGGCGCCGUGGACGAGCUCGGAGAUUGCUGCGCUGCUGCGGGAGGAGUUGAAGGAGAAGUUUAGCAUUGAGUUGACCGAGAAAUCCUGGCCGGCUUAG